GGCCGCAAGUGGCAGCUGCAACGGCCAUUAUUUCCUCGCCAUCCAUCCAAUCCAUCCUCCCUUCCUUCCCCCCGUCCCCGGUCGUCGCCACCACCAUAAAACCCCACUCCCCGGAGCCCGCGGCCGCGCAUUAGUUCCCGCCGCGCGCCCGCAGCUCCGCAUUCACUCCGCCCCUGCCCCCGCCCGCGGAGAGGGGCCAAGAAACCGACCCGGGACCGAUCAGAUGGGCGGCGGAUCCGGCGGCAGGGGGAAGGGGAUGCCGCGCGCGAUGGCGCCGGUGGAGGAGGUGGACGUCGCCGCCGUCCGGUACAAGCCGGCGGAGCUGCAGGCGCCGCACCUCACGGGCUUCCCGCUCCGGGCCUUCGUCUGGCUCCUCGAGUCCCCGCUCCUCGGCCCCCUCGUCACCUCCAUCCUCAAGAAGCAGAACAACAUGACCCAGGUCCGCCCCUCCCUCCCUCCCAAAUUUUCGUUUUUUACCCGGCGAUUCCGUCGCGCUCAUCGCGGUUUUCGGUCUUGUUCGGGGGCGGAGCAGAUGCUGCAGCACACGGUGAUCCCGGAGCGGCCCAUGUUCUACCCGGAGUACCCGCCGCAGGAGCCUGAACGAGGGGUUGUGACCCUGGGGGACGACAGGGACCCUGUGGACAGAGUUGAGGAAGCACUGAGUUGCCUCGCCCCGUAUGACCCGUCGGGGCGUUUCACAUCGGCCGAUGAGAAAAACCCCUUCCUCUACUGGAAGAUACGUGACUUUGCGUAUGCGUACCGGUCUGGGAUCACGACACCGUCAGCUGUUGCAGAGCUUGUCAUAGCGGGCGUGGAGGAGUGGAACAACAAGAAGCCUCCGAUGCCAAUGCUGAUCUUUUUUAAAGCGGAUGAUCUCAGGAAGCAAGCUGAUGCUUCCACAAAGAGAUUUGAGAAAGGAAGUCCAAUUUCUGUUUUGGAUGGAAUCUUUUUCGCUGUUAAGGACGACAUUGACUGCUUACCAUACCCAUCAAAGAGUGCCACCACAUUUUUUGACGAAAUCCGCCCUGUGGAGAAAGACGCUGUUGCUGUUUCUCGUUUACGGAAAUGUGGAGUGAUCUUUAUUGGGAAAGCAAAUAUGCACGAGCUAGGCCUUGGGGUCACUGGAAACAAUCCAAACUAUGGGACAGUAAGAAAUCCACAUUCAGUCGAUAGGUAUACUGGUGGUUCUUCAUCUGGUCCAGCUGCACUUGUCUCAUCAGGGUUAUGCUCAGGAGCAAUUGGAACAGACGGCGGAGGCUCAGUUCGAAUACCAUCCUCCCUAUGUGGCAUUGUUGGUUUGAAGACAACAUUCGGACGCACAGAUAUGACUGGGGUCGUUUGUGAUGCUGGGACAGUUGAAGUUGCUUCACCUCUUACAUCAUCAGUAGAGGAUUCUGUGCUAUUGUAUUCUGCACUAGCAGGCUCUAGACCUAUGGACAAACUUACGCUGAGACCUUCCCUGCUGUGUGUUCCUAACUUGGUGUCCUCCGAGAAUAGCAAGAUCCUGCAAUCAGUGAAAGUGGGAAAAUAUACAGAGUGGUUUCAUGAUGUCCCUGAUAAUGAGGUCUCAAAUACAUGUGAAGAUGCACUUAACCUCCUAUGCAGCACCUUUGGAUGUCAGAUAGAAGAGAUAAUCUUACCAGAGCUUGAGGAAAUGCGUACAGCCCAUCUUGUCUCUAUUGGCUCAGAAGCAUUCUCAGACAUGAAUGCUCAUUACCAAGCAGGGAGGCGAACUGAAAUGACGUUAGAUACUCGAGCAAGUUUGGCACUUUUUAAGUCAUUCACUUCAGCAGAUUAUGUUGCUGCUCAAUGUCUGAGGAGAAGGAUAAUGUACUAUCACAUGGAAGCUUUCAAGAAGGUUGACGUCAUAGCAACCCCUACAACCGGCAUGACCGCGCCAAAAAUACCACCAAGUGCUCUGAAAGGAGAGUCUGAUUAUGUUGUAUCAGCCAAGCUGAUGCAAUUCAUUUUUGCCGGGAACCUUCUUGGCUUGCCUGCCAUUUCUGUUCCUGUUGGUCAUGACAAGCAAGGCCUUCCUAUCGGCUUGCAACUGAUAGGCCGUCCGUGGGGCGAGGCUAGCUUAUUGAGGGUGGCUUCGGCAGUAGAGGAGCUCUGCCUGAAGAGAAGAAGUCGGCCAUCCACAUUCUACGACAUCCUGAAGACCUGAAACAUCAUCAGUAUGCAAUAUCAAUAGUAUGUCAGAGGUUUGUCAUUUGUCAGUGACUCAGGAUAGACACAGCAAACCCUUCCCCAGUUUAUAAAAAACUGAGAAAAUAAUUUUACCAGAGAUAUUGUAGCAGCAAUAAGCAAGUGAGGUACAGUAGUAUAUAAAAAAAAUUUGUUUGGACGUUUGGGGUA